AUGAACACGGCACGUCGUGAUGCGGUCAACGCGGCAUGUCCCAGCAGUCUCCCCGUCCGUAAGACUCGAAAACGACAGGCAACCGCCAACACUUGGGCGCACGCACGCGAGCCGCAGGACGCGGAGCCAGCGCGCUGCCCCCGUAAGAACGAGAAGAUCUAUUACUGUAUGCAUUGCCGGGACCCCACCUAUUCCACCACCGUUUCGACUACGUUUCGCCGCCACUUGCUCAAAGCCCACGGAAUUGAGCUCAGUGCCCCCGAUCAUCCGAUCAAGAGACAGCGCGACAACCUCAUCCAGGAUGCUUUCGCCAAGGCAGGCGAAGUGACGACGUGUGUGGAGGCCACGACGAAUUCGGGGAGGAAUUUUCUCGGUUUUCGUCUUCUUUGCUGCGCGCACGGUUACGGCGUAGCAGCCAUUUUGCAUGCGGGCAUCAUGUCGGGAGAUCACCCGCUUCCUCGAGCACGGCGUUUGGCGCCCAAAGAAUGGGAACCGUUGGUCUGCGAUGGUUCUUGUUGUGGACACGUAUCGUGUUCCCCUUACCGGGUAGGCGGCUGGUGCAGCACCUGGUUCUUUGUGAAAUGGGGGGCGUUGGCCCCUGUGAAGCCGUCUGUUAUGCUGGCCGAGUUGCACGAGCGCCUGGGGGCGUACAUGUUCGACUAUUACGCCGUCAUCAGCGUGAGGCCGGAGGCCCCGCCCCUUUACGAUAUCUUGGUUAGGGUGGAGGCCCGAACCGGUAGUGGGGAUGUGCGUCGUCUUUUGUCCUUGGAAGGCAGCACGGUUUUUGAUCCGGGCGUGAGCUGUGUCUGGAAGGUGACUUGCUGCCAGGCUGCUUUGGAGACGGAUGUCGGUUUUAUGUUGAAGCACUUUGAGCCAGGACCCGAUCGGUUUUUUUUCGGGAACGAAAUUCUGGCGGACAAGCUCAAGUUGGAUGUGCACGCUGCGUUGGCUUAG